AGGAAGUACGACCAGUGUGAGCGAGCUAGUUAGCUAGCAAACUUGCUUUCUAUUUUUCCACCCUCAAAACGGUGGUUUUAAAACUUAUUUCAACUCUAUGGAUGUGGUUUCGUUUCAGGUAGUUAACUGUUGGCAAGCCGCCAUAAAACUAAAAGAAGAAUGAUAAGUAGUUAACGUUAGUUCACUGGCUGUCAAUUGUUUAGAAUUAGCCACAUGCUAGGUUAGCAUACAUCCCAGGGCAGUUUGAGCUGUUGGGGAGAGACUGCUGAGCUGGUUCAUUAUGAAGACCAAUAAGUCAUACAAGCUUGUGCUGCACAAGAAAGGUUUUGGUGGAAGUGACGAUGAGUUGGUUGUCAACCCAAAGGUUUUCCCUCAAGUCAGUCUGAGGGAUAUAAUCGAGAUCGCACACCCGACAGAUGAAUACAGUCCUCUCCUGCUGCAGGUGAAGAGCCUAAAAGAGGACCUUCAGAAAGAGACAAUCAGUGUGGACCAGACUGUAGCACAAGCCUUCAAACUACGAGCCUACCAGGAUGUCAUUGUAAACAUCGUCAACCCAAAGGAUGUAACACUGGACCUGGUGGAGCUGACUUUCAAGGACCAGUACAUCGGCAGAGGAGACAUGUGGAGACUAAAGAAGAGCUUGGUCAGCACAUGUGCAUAUGUGACACAGAAAGUGGAGUUUGCAGGAAUCAGAGCCCAGGCCAGUGAACUCUGGGUGAAGGGAGAGAAAGUGACAUGCGGGUACAUCAGUGAAGACACAAGGGUGGUGUUCAGAUCCACAUCUGCAAUGGUUUACAUCUUUAUCCAGAUGAGUUGUGAGAUGUGGGACUUUGACAUCUACGGUGACCUCUACUUUGAGAAGGCUGUAAAUGGUUUCCUGUCUGACCUUUUUGCCAAGUGGAAGGAGAAGAACUGCAGUCAUGAGGUGACAGUUGUACUUUUCUCACGUACUUUCUACAACGCCAAAACUAUUGAUGAAUUUCCUGAGAUUCUGAGAGGGUCCAUCAGACAGGAUCACGAGGGACGUUUUUAUGAAGACUUUUACAGGGUCGUGGCUCAGAACGAGAGACGGGACGAGUGGACGUCAUUACUGGUCACUAUCAAGAAGCUCUUCAUUCAGUAUCCUGUCCUGGUGCGGCUGAAAGAAGCAGAUGGUUUUCCUGUUGGUUACAACUCCACUGCUGCUCAGGGAAACUACCUGGAGGCCAUAAACCUGUCCUUUAAUGUGUUUGACAAGCACUACAUCAACCGUAACUUUGACCGCACUGGCCAGAUGUCGGUGGUCAUCACGCCGGGGGUGGGAGUGUUUGAAGUCGACCGUCUGCUUAUGAUUCUCACCAAACAGCGGAUGAUCGACAACGGUAUUGGGGUAGACUUGGUGUGUAUGGGGGAGCAGCCACUGCACGCAGUACCGUUAUUCAAGCUGCACAACAGGACUACACCUGGAGACUCUCGUGUGGGAGACGACUAUAACCUUCCUCACUGGAUCAACCACAGCUUCUACACCUCCAAAAGUCAGAACUCAUGUAGCUCCUUCACCCCUCGGAUCAAGCUGGCUGGCCGUAAGCCUCAUGCUGAGAAAUUCAAGAGCAGCAAGGACCAAACUCUCUGUGCUCCAAAGGACUCUGAAAACAGCCUGCCUAUACAGGUGGACUACGACGCCUACGAUGCUCAGGUCUUCAGACUACCUGGUCCUUCACGAAUUCAGAGGAGCAGCAACUUCAGGAUGGGUCGAGACAAAGAGACGAGCGGGAGGAAGAGCUGGGGUGUGGAUGUCAGCACAGGCAUAGGCACGUCUCCUCCCCCUCGCUCUGGAGGUCCUGAGGAACAGCGUAGCCUGGCCUCUGAUGAUAGUCUGGGCCCCGUGUCCAACAUGCUGCUUAUACCCCGCAUGCCUCUUGUCCAGUAUGAAGUCAGCAGCUCCCUGGGUUACACCAGCACCAGAGAGUUGUUGGAGAAGAUGAUGGACUCUCAGCGGGACUCCAGUGCACCGGGCAGGUUCACAGUGGGAAGUGCUGAGUCCACCCUGCACAUCCGUCCUGGAGGUUACACCCCUCAGAGAGCACUCAUAAACCCCUUCACCCCAUCCAGGAUGCCCAUGAAGCUCACCUCAAACCGGCGGCGUUGGAUGCACACCUUCCCUGUCGGUCCUUCUGGAGAGGCAAUCCAGAUCCAUCACCAGACCAGACAGAACAUGGCUGAACUGCAGGGCAGCCAGCAGAGGGAUCCUGCCCACACCUCUGCUGAGCUCCUGGAGCUCGCCUAUCACGAGGCCACUGGAAGGCGAACAGCCUUUAGACAAGCAGGAGAGAACAGCCUUUACAUCGGUGGAGGGAUAGAAGAGUUCACUGGAAGUCCAGGGAGCAACAACAGUGGAACUAUAACCAACCGAGGCUCCACAUUUGAAGACGUUUCCGUCAGUGGUGCCGAUCCAACCCUGCUGCUGUCUGCGCCCCCGACAGUGCCCAGCUUCUGCUGCACAGUGGGGGUGGACUGGAAGUCUCUGACCACACCAGCCUGUCUGCCCCUCACCACCGACUACUUCCCCGAACGCCAGGCGCUGCAGAACGACUACACUGAAGGCUGCUAUGACCUGCUGCCGCACAGCGACCUGGAGAGGUGGGCAACAUCCUUUCUUCACAGUGAAACUGUCUAUAGCCAAUCACACUGCGCCUGCUACUGCUAAAGACACUCAACAGCUAUUCAUGAGUUCAGAUACCCAAGGGUGUGGUUUUCCACUGGAGAUCGAGGGACAUAUCUGUUCUCUUAACGUCCAGUAAAUCAAUCUUGAUCAGAUUGAUACAAGCGCUGAUACACUUACCUCAGUUUCCACUUACUA